AUGGAACUAAACGUUGGAGAUAUUGUUAAGUGCCCAUAUCAACAGGCAUGUGUCCGUUGGAUAGGUGCAGUGCAAAAUUUAGAAAUGGUUGGUUUAAGUUUAACAGAUGGUACUCUAGUAGGCUAUACAGAUGGUAUUUGUCCAAUAGAUAAUGUCAAAUAUUUUGAUUGUAAACCUCAAACAGGUUUUUAUAUUAUGCGUACAGUGUUGGAUAAUACAUAUGAAAUUAAAAAAAUCCACAAUGGUUCAAAUGCUCUGUCAGAAGAUGAAAAUUUUGAUAGUGCAAGACAAUCAUUGGAUAGUGACACAGGAGAAGAUUUAACCACAAUACCAACAGAAAAGUUUCGUCCAAAAAACACGUUGAACCCGUCAUCUCCAACCACACCCGGAAUUGGUUUUCUUCGACGCAUUUUAACAACGGAAUCGCAAUCACAAGAUGAUAACAGUCCUAGAACACCGGCAACUAUUGAUAAUCUAACCACAUCGCCUCCAACAUUUUCCACUCGUUUAUCUUUGGGUUCCUUCACAUUACCAAAUGCAACAAAUACUAAUUAUUCAUCAAAUUCGCAUACUGAUGGAAAUAUUCUAUUACCAAACACUUCAAAUGAUGAAAUAAAAAAUUUCCAUCAACAUCAGUUUGAACAAAAAAUCACAAGAGAGUCUACAACAUAUUCGUUCUAUGAUCAAGCCAAUGAUGAUGAUGAUGAAAGUGAUAAUUAUAAAAAUAAACCGGUUUAUCGUCCAGAGAAUUAUUCGUCAAAUCAUGAAGGUGAAUUGCAAUUAUAUGAAUGGACGGUACAAGAACAAAAUGACGAUCUGGCAUCAACUAGUCCCGAUAUGGAUGAACUUCAAUAUAAUGAUGAUACAAACCAUUAUAGUAGUGAUUAUUUUCUUGAUGAUAUGGAUUUAUUCCAGUUAAAAUGUUUAUUAAAUGAAAUUUCUCAAGAUUCAAACAUAUGUCUGAAUAUUCAUGAAAACAACUGUUCUGUUCAAGACAUAAUUGAUGAGCAAAUCAACAGUCUAUUGCCGCUUUCUACUGACGUACACAUCGAUCUUAAAGUUGAAAUAAUUAGAUUAUUUGGUUCUAUCGAUUGUAUUUAUCCAUCGCGUACCAUUCGAAUGAACAAUCAAGAUUAUUUGUUGUUGGCCAUAUUGUGUGAAUCUAAACAGAAAAACAGUGCCUUUUUGCGAACAACACACGGUUGGGUGUAUUCAGAUGAUAAAACAGAACCAUAUGUUGUUCACAAUGUAACAGCUUUAAUCAAUGGUCAAAAGAAUAUCAUUGAUAAUAAUGAUCAAAAUCGACUCUGCCAGUAUUUACUCAAACACAGUUGUUUUCUUUAUUAUAAACUAGUUUGA